CCAAGCACAAAGGGGCAGAUCCUUGGGGACAUGGCAAUGCUCUGUGGCUGCGAUUGGAGUCCUAGGGCUGGCCUGCACCUCUUCUGCCUUCCCAGGAGGAGGAAUGGCAGCACCCCAGGGGGUCCCAAGGUCCACAGGGGCUGUCCCAGCUCAGCCAGCCAGGUCACUGGGUGCACUGGGAGGACACGGGACACAGUUGCCUUUUGUUGGUGCUGGCCCCGGGAGCGGGGACCCGGGCUUGGUGUCCCCUCCCUCCGCCCCCGCCACUGGCGCCCGGCACCGUGGAUUUGGGGUUUAAGGAGCAGGCAGCAGCCCUGGCUCACUCGCCGGGAGAGGAGGCAGGCGAGCAGCAGAGCCCGCAUACCGCAGCAGCCACCGCCGUGGGGCCACCAGCCAGGCUCCAGCCAUGAUCCGCAUGCUGCUCCUGCUGCUGCUCCUGCUGCACAGCACUGCUGCCGGCCGCCCCCCACCCGCUGCCACCCCCCGCCUCAAGCUGGCCUUCCCCGAGCUGCGGGCUCGCCAUGGGCUGCACCUCUUUGUGCUGGAGCGAUCGUGCUGCUACGAGGCCCUGCUGCUGGAUGAGGAGCGUGGCCGCCUCUUCGUUGGCGCCCAGAACCAUCUCCUCUCCCUGGCCCUGGAUGACAUCAGCCAGCGGGAGAGGAAGAUCUACUGGCCAGCACCCGUGGAGUGGAGGGAGGAGUGCAACUGGGCCGGCAAGGACAUCACCGCCGAGUGCAUGAACUUCAUGAAGAUUCUCCACCCCUACAAUCGGACCCACCUGUACGCCUGUGGCACUGGUGCCUUCCACCCCGUCUGUGCCUUCGUGGAGGCUGGCCAGAAUGCGGAGGUGAGCCCCCCCACAGCACAGCCAUGGCCCCCAGCUCCUGCUGCCCGCCUGCCUCCCAUCCUUACCCCUCUCCAGGAGCCCGUCUUCAAGCUGGACCCCCAGCACAUUGAGGACGGCAAAGGGAAGAGCCCCUACGACCCCCAGCACGCAGCCGCCUCCGUCCUCGUGGGCGAGGAGCUGUACUCCGGGGUGGCCACCGAUCUGAUGGGCCGUGACUUUACCAUCUUCCGCAGCCUGGGCCAGCGUCCCUCCAUCCGCACAGAGCAGCAUGACUCCCGCUGGCUCAAUGAGCCCAAGUUUGUGGCCGUUUUUUGGGUGCCGGAGAGCGAGGACCCUGACGACGACAAGAUCUACUUCUUCUUCCGCGAGACGGCAGUGGAGCGGCAGCAGGGGCUGGGCAAGACCAGCUUUGCCCGCAUCGGCCAGAUCUGCCGGAAUGACGUAGGUGGGCAGCGCAGCCUGGUAAACAAGUGGACAACCUUCCUGAAGGCUCGGCUCGUGUGCGCUGUGCCAGGACCUGAUGGGGCAGACACCCACUUCGAUGAGCUCCGGGACGUUUUCCUGCUGCAGACAAGGGACAAGCGCAACCCCCUGGUCUACACUGUCUUCUCCACCUCCAGCUCUAUUUUCCAGGGCUCAGCCAUCUGUGUCUACACCAUGGCCGACAUCCGCCGGGCUUUCCUGGGCCCUUUCGCACACAAGGAGGGUCCCAACUACCAGUGGGUAUCGUACCAGGGCCGUGUGCCGUACCCCCGCCCAGGCAUGUGCCCCAGCAAAACCUUUGGCACCUUCGGCUCCACCAAAGACUUCCCAGAUGAGGUGAUUCAGUUUGCCCGGCACCACCCACUGAUGUACAACCCGGUGCUGCCACAUGGCCAGCGCCCCCUCUUCCUGCAAGCCGCCAUGCCCUACACCUUCACCCGCAUCGCCGUGGACCGCGUCACUGCUGCUGAUGGCCAUUACGACGUCCUCUUCAUUGGCACAGAUGUGGGCACUGUGCUGAAGGUGGUGUCUGUGCCCAAGGAGAGCUGGAACCACAUGGAGCCGCUGCUGCUGGAGGAGCUGCAGGUCUUCCAGGACGCCUCCCCCAUCACCAGCCUGCAGAUCUCCUCCAAGCGGCAACAGCUCUACGCUGGCUCAGCCACAGCACUGGCGCAGCUGCCCCUGCACCGCUGCAGCGCCUACGGCAAAGCCUGUGCCGAGUGCUGCCUGGCCCGGGACCCGUACUGUGCCUGGGAUGGCACUGCCUGUACCCGCUAUGUGCCCAACACCAAGAGGCGUUUCCGCCGGCAGGACGUCCGCAAUGGUGACCCCAACGUGCUCUGCUCUGAAGACCCCCGGCGGGGCAGUGUGCCCCAGAAGCAGCUCUAUGGGGUGGAGGGCAGCACGGCCUUCCUGGAGUGCAUCCCCAAAUCCUUGCAAGCUCACGUGUUCUGGACAUACCAGCGCACCCAGGAUGAUCCCCAGCGAGAGGUGCAGAUGGAUGAGCGGGUGGUGCAGACGGAGCGGGGUGUCCUGCUGCGCAGCGUGCAGCGUGCUGACACCGGCCUCUACCUGUGCCAUGCCACUGAGCAUGGCUUCACACAGCUGCUGCUGCAGCUCUCCCUGGAGGUGAUCGGCGCCCGGCAGGCAGUGGGCACGGCGCCUGAUGGAGACCUCCAGCUCGCCGCCGGGGCCUCCAGCCGCAAGGUUUGGUACCAGGACUUCCUCCAGCUGGUGGAGCGCCCGCCGUUGGGGGCUGCUGAUCGGGUGUGCCAGCGGCUCUGGACCCGGGGCAGACCAUUGCCACCCCCCCGCGCCCAGGCCGGACCCCCCGGCCACGGGCAAGAUAAGGAGCCGCACAGAGCCCGCCGCCGGCGCACCCACGAGGGGCCGCGGGCCGAGCGAGGCCCCCGCAGCGCAUCUCCCUGGUGACCCCGGGGCCGGCCCCGGGUGCCGGGCUCUGCCUAGGAGCGGGGCCGCAGGCAGGGGCAAAGCUCCUGCCAGUCUUGGCCGCCCGCCGGCAGCACCGGGGCGGGGCACAGGCAGCAGCGGGAGGCUGCGGCGCCGGGGCCAGGAGGGCAGCCGUGCUGACCAGCCCCAUGAGGGGGCUGCUGGCCACCCUUGCCACCGGCUCCAGCACGAGUGGGGGCACCCAGCCGGCUGCCAGCACCGCAGAGUCACCCAAAUAUUUAUUAACGACUGUUACGGAUGAAUGUAAACGUGCCCUAGUGAGGGGUGGCAAGGCCAGGCUGUGCCUCACCCCCAGCAUGGCACCGCGGGGGGACAGGGCAGCAGGGCCACCCUCGAGUCCUGGGGGGCUGCAGUGGGCAGCGGGAUCCUGGAGAGACGGGGUGGGCAGCAGCAGGACAAGGGGACUGCAGGAGGAGGGUGCCCGGAGGGGAAGUAUGGGGGGGCACAGAGGUGGCACCCAGCGCCCCGGGUGCAAAGCAGCGGCGUGAGGGGGCUUGUACUAAUUGAGCACAAUAAAGCAGAGGAUUCAG